AGCCAAACCAAUCAACGAGAGAGAGAGGGAGAGAGAGGAAAAAGGCCAAUGAGGUUCUCUUCCCUGUCCUUGCUCGCUCGCUCCUCGGGCUCUUCCUCUUCCUCCUCUCGGAUAUGCUUGCUGCUGCUGGUGGCGGGCUUAGCAGCGGUAGCGGCGGCUUCUUACUCGCCAGCGGAGCAGCAGGAACAGGACAGGGUGGCCCGCCUCCCCGGCCAGCCCCGCGUUGACUUCGCCCAGUACUCCGGCUACGUCACCGUCGAAGCCCGCGCCGGCCGCGCUCUCUUCUACUGGCUCGUGGAGGCGCCGCCUUCCGCUCAGCCCGCGCCCCUCGUCCUCUGGCUCAACGGCGGCCCCGGUUGCUCCUCCAUCGCCUACGGCGCAUCCGAGGAACUCGGCCCCUUCCGGAUCGAUUCCGACGGGAAGACCCUCUACCUGAAUCCCUACGCUUGGAACACCGUGGCGAACGUGCUGUUCUUGGACUCGCCUGCAGGCGUUGGCUUCUCGUACACUAAUACUUCCUCUGAUCUCCACACUUCUGGAGACCACAGAACAGCUGUGGAUGCAUAUAAUUUCCUGGUGAAAUGGUUCGAGAGGUUUCCUCAGUAUAAACAUCGCGAAUUCUACAUAGCUGGAGAGAGCUAUGCAGGGCAUUAUGUUCCUCAGCUGUCCCAGCUUGUGUACAGAAAGAACGCCGGCGUUGAGAAUGCGACCAUUAAUUUCCGGGGAUUCCUGGUAGGCAAUGCAGUGACCGAUGAUUACCACGAUUAUGUUGGAACCUUCGAGUACUGGUGGACUCAUGGCCUCAUCUCGGAUGCCACCUACCGAAUUCUGAGGGUCCGCUGCGACUACCAAGCCUCCGAACACCCUUCAGAUGCAUGCGUAAACGCCCUCGACACCGCAGAUUCAGAGAUGGGGAACAUCGACCCUUACAGCAUCUACACGCUUCCUUGCAACGAUCAUCCCCGAUCUCUCAAGCGCAAUCUAAGGGGUCAUUAUCCUUGGAUGUCCAGAGCUUACGAUCCCUGCACAGAAAGGUAUUCCAGGAUUUACUACAACCGUGCCGAUGUCCAAAGAGCGAUGCAUGCCAACGUUACUGGAAUACCAUACGGUUGGGAUACAUGCAGCGAUACUAUUAGUGAGAACUGGGGAGAUUCACCCAAGUCCAUGCUUCCUAUUUACCGUGAACUCAUUGCAGCCGGCCUAAGGAUAUGGGUUUUCAGUGGUGAUACAGAUGCUGUAGUCCCCUUAACUGCAACAAGAUACUCGAUUGAUGCUCUCAGAUUAAGAACCCUCGAGAAGUGGUACCCAUGGUAUGACCAUGGAAAGGUUGGCGGAUGGAGUCAAAUCUACAAAGGCCUAACCUAUGUGACUGUUACGGGAGCCGGACAUGAGGUCCCUCUUCAUCGUCCCCGACAAGCUCUGAUGCUCUUCGAGCAUUUCUUGAAGAACAAGCCCAUGCCGGCGCAGCCAUAAGAAGGUUGGCCAAAGCAGAAAGCUCAAAGAAAGCAACAAAGAAUAAAGAUGGAGGGCUGUUUGAUUCUUGGUGGAUACAAUCUUCUUGUUUCGGCUUUCAUUUAUCUAUACAUAAUUCGAUAUAUUUUCGCUGUUAUUUUUUAUUUUUAUUUUAGCAGCCACUAUACCAUAGCAUUAAAGGUUGCUAAGGGCUAUGUUCAAGCUUUAUAUGUUGUAUUCAACAGCAAGGAAAUAAAGUUACUACACACGCAAUUCAUCAUUAAA